AUGAUUUCAUCAAAUUGUGGAAAUGGAUCGGGUGAAGAGGAAGUCUACAAUGCUAAAAGGGGAAAGAAGCAAUAUCAUCGACACUCUACCCAACAAAUUCAGCAACUUGAAGAUUUCUAUAAGGAAUGUCCACAUCCUGAUAAGAACCAAAGGCAGCAAUUGAGUAGGGAGCUAGGCCUCGACCAGAAGCAGAUAAAGUUCUGGUUUCAGAAUAAAAGGACUCAGAUAAAGGCUCAGAAUGAGAAAGCAGACAACAACGCUCUCCGCUCUGAAAACGAGAAAAUUCAUUUUGAGAAUCUUGCGAUGCAAGAAGCACUGAAGAGCAUCAUUUGUCCGGCAUGUAACGGUACAUGUCUUGGGGAUGAAGAGAAAAGCCACAUUUUGCAGAGACUAAAGAUGGAAAAUGCACGAUUGAAACAAGAGUAUCAACAAACCAUGGACUUCUUUUCCAACUAUAUGGGAAAUCCAGCUAUGCCUUUGCUUGCAAUGGAGCCCCUUAAGAAAAAGCAUGAAAAACACUCUCUAGCUGAAGGGAUGGGAGUUGCUCCUCUAGAUCAUGAACAUAUACCUCAAAAUUCUGAGAAUCUCAUAUCACCACAAGAUUCAACUGGAACACAGGAGCCGGACAAAUCUAUCCUUAUUGAGGCAGCAUGUGGUGCCAUGAAUGAACUUAUUGAACUUUUUCGUGUGAAUGAGCCACUAUGGAUCAAGUCCUCAGCAGACGGGAGAUAUAUGCUACAUCGUGACAGUUACGAUAAGCUUUUCCCCAAGUCAAGUCACUUAAAAACUACAAGUGCUCGGUUUGAAUCAUCGAAAGAUUCAGGCGAGGUGGCAAUGGCUGCAAUACAUUUAAUCGAAAUGCUUCUUGAUGUGAAUAAAUGGAAGGACAUGUUUCCAACUAUUGUCAUGAAGGCGAGGAUCAUUGAAGCAAUUGAUACAGGAAUCUUGGGUGGUUUGUUACAUCUGAUGUACGAAAAGAGGCACAUUUUGUCACCUCUUGUAGCUCCUCGAGAAUUCUUCUUCAUUCGCUAUUGCCGACAGCUUAAUUCAAGCAUUUGGGUGAUGGUAGAUAUAUCUUAUGAUUUUAUCAAAGAGCUCCAAGAUGUUGCUCCUAUGCGUUCCUGGAAGCUUCCUUCAGGAUGUAUGAUUCAAGAUAUGUCAAAUGGAAAAUCAACUGUGACAUGGAUCGAACAUGUUCACGUGGAUGACAAAUCAUUGACUCAUCGUAUGUAUAGAGACUUAGUGUGCAGUGGCCAAGCAUAUGGAGCCAAAAGGUGGAUUAGUACACUCAAGAGGAUGUGCGAGAGAUUUGCAUUCUCAAUGGGGAUAACUACCAGGCCUAAACACGAACUCGAAGGGGUUAUUAGUUCACUAGAGGGACAACAAAACGUAAUGAAGCUUUCUCAUAGAAUGGUGAAGAAUUUUUGUGAAGUAUUGAGCAUGUCAGACAAACUUGAUUUCCCACAAUUGUCUGAUCAAAGUAGUGGAGUUCGAGUCUCACUCCGGAGAAGUAAUGGAGUGGGCCAACCCGAGGGUUUCAUUGUCAGUGCAGCUACCUCUCUUUGGCUUCCCCUUUCAAAAGAGAAUCUCCUUAACUUCUUCAAAGACGAGAAGAAAAGAGCUGAGUGGGAUGUCUUAGCGAGUGGAAAUCCCGUGCAUGCCGUCGCAUGCAUCCCAACUGGGUCAGAUCCAGGAAAUUGCAUCUCCAUCAUCCAGCCUUUUGUUCCUGAAGAAACGAAGAUGCUGAUGUUGCAAGAGAGUAGCCUUGACCUUCUCGGAGCAACAAUGAUCUAUACCCCAAUAGAUUUACCAACUAUGAUCUCAGUCGUGAAUGGUGAUGACACGAUGCAAAUGCCAAUCCUUCCAUCAGGAUUCAUCAUCUCUGAUGAUGGACGUGCUAACAAAGGAACUGGAGCUUCAAUGAAUUCGGGUACCAGCUACUCUAUCGGGUCACUACUUACCGUUGCCUUUCAAAUAUUAGUGUGUCGUAACACAUUGACAAAGCAACUCAAUAUGGAGUCUGUGGCAACGGUGCACACUCUUAUAAGCUCCACAGUUCAAAAGAUUAAAUUGGCACUUGAUUAUUCUGAUUAG